AUGCACGACGAACACAACAAGUCCGCGCUUGUCACUGUGUGGUUCGACGACGGAAUGGCGAUGUCGGCGGCAGUUGGCGACAAUUUGUCGCUAUUACACGACGAUUAUUUGUUUGGGCCAUACUUAGGAUCGGUGACAUUGGCGGCGAUUCUGCUACUAUUAAUACUCUUCUGUGUUAUUGGCAACGCCUUCGUCAUUGCUGCUAUCUUCUAUGAGCGUGACUUACGUAGUCGACCGCAAUACUAUCUGAUAUUCUCGCUCGCUGUCGCUGAUCUUAUUGUGGGCUUAGUCGUGACACCAUUAGGAGCUUGGUCGACGGUAGCGGGAACAUGGCGGUUCGGUGUCACUUUGUGCGAUAUCUGGAUUUCAGUCGACGUAAUCGUCUGCACCGCGUCUAUACUUCAUCUUGUCGCUAUCGCGCUUGACAGGUACUGGUCAGUGACGGACAUCAGUUACUCUCAGAAUCGAACACCGAAGCGAAUCAUCAUAAUGUUAGCGGUGAUCUGGUUGACGUCGUUACUGAUCAGUUUGGCGCCGUUUGCUGGCUGGAAAGAUGACGCUUUCAAAGAUCGAGUACUACGUCAUCAUGUGUGCCUUAUCAGCCAGCAGAUUAGUUAUCAGGUGAAUUUGUUGGGCAAUAGACAAAUGAGGACUAAGCUUUUUAUAGAUAGUAGAGUAAUGGUUCUAAGCAUCUUUUAA